UUCAUCUAUACAAUAACAUGCUCACUGGUUCCAUACCCUCUGUAACACGCGAUUUACCUUCGCUAGAAUACAUAGAUUUCUCCGUCAAUAAUCUCACCGGUUAUAUUCCGACGGAAAUGCUUGAUCAUCUUCCAAAUUUGAAAGUGUUGUACUUGAGUGGUAACAAGCUUUCUGGUAGAGUUCCGGCUAAUUUGCUCAAGUGCAAAGAGUUGCAAGUUUUAUCCAUAGCAUAUAACCAAUUGGAGGGGAAUCUGCUUGGAGAAAUUGGCAAUUUGAGUAUGCUUCAAGCCUUACUUAUUGAUCAUAACCACUUUGAAGGUGAAAUUCCAAAACAAAUUGGAAAUUUAACUCUUCUUAGAUACUUUGGUUGUUCCCACAACAACCACACAGGUACAAUACCACAUCAGAUUGGCAACCUAAAGAGUCUAGAAGUGUUGUUGGUGGGAGCCAACAAUUUUGUUGGUCAUAUUCCUCCAGCAAUAUUUAACAGUUCAACUUUGUCUCUUAUUGGUUUGAAUUUAAAUCAGCUUACUGGCCGUCUUCCAUCGACAAUGGGCCUUUGGCUUCCAAACCUGGAAGGAUUAUAUCUUAGUGUAAAUCACCUCAUGGAUUCAUUCCCAAUGUCUAUUUCCAAUGCCUCCAAGCUCACUCUUCUCGACAUCUCAAAUAAUUACUUUUCGGGGUCCAUUUCGGACGAUCUUGGCAAUCUAAGAAAUUUAAAGAAACUCAACAUGGAGGAUAAUAAUUUAACUUCCUUAGGAAUGAGCUUUCUCUCUUCUUUAACAAACUGUCGAGGCUUGGAAUACUUGAGUUUCGACAGCAACCCAUUGAUUAGUGGUGAACUUCCAGGUUUGUUAGGGAAUCUCUCGGAUUCUCUUCGGAUCUUUUAUGCCUUCGGGUGCAGCAUCAGUGGUACCAUCCCGAGUGAACUUGGUAACUUAAGUAGCUUGAUAAGUGUCCACCUAGCCGGCAAUAAAUUGACAGGAUCCAUUCCUACUACAAUUGGAAGAUUAAAAGAGUUGCAGGGUCUUUCUCUUCAGGACAAUAACUUAGAAGGAUCCAUCCCAUUCGAGUUAUGUCGUCUAAACAAGCUGGCUUUCUUAUCCUUGACGAAUAACAAAUUGUCUGGACCGAUACCAGCUUGCUUGGGUAAUCUCAUUUCUUUGAGGAACCUGAUUUUAGGCUCCAAUAUGUUUUCUUCCUCUAUACCUUCAACCUUCACAAGCCUUACCGAUCUACUCAUCCUCAACUUAUCGUCAAAUUCUCUAAGUGGUCCACUUCCAAUUGCCUUUGGAAAGUGGAAGGUUUUGAUUAGUAUGGACCUGUCCAACAAUCAGUUCUCGAGUGAUAUCCCAACUGUAGUUGCAGAUCUCAAGGAUCUCACUUAUUUUUCCUUAUCCAAUAAUCGAAUCACAGGUCCGAUUCCCGAGUCAUUUGGCGAGAUGUUGAGUUUGGAGUUCUUGGACUUGUCAAGAAAUAAUCUGUCUGGAGAGAUUCCCAAGUCCCUGGAAAAACUCCGUUAUCUCAAACAUUUCAAUGUCUCUUUCAAUAGGCUUGAAGGGAAAAUUCCCGAAGGAGGAUCAUUUGGAAGCUACUCGAUGGAAUCAUUUAAGGGGAACAAAGCAUUGUGUGGUGCACCUCGACUUCAUGUUCGGAGCUGCAAAACUAAACCCCUUAGGAAUUCCAAGGCAAGAACUAAGCUCAUACUAUAUGUAGCACUGCCAAUUGCCUCUGCACUUUUGGUGGUGGCUAUAAUUAUCAUUAUCUUGCGAGGUAGGAGGAGGAAAGACAAAUUGCCAACUCAGGAAGACUUGUUACCUUUAGGAACCUGGAAACGAAUUUCAUACCAAGAGCUUCUUCGAGCUACUGAUGGAUUCAGCCAAAGCAAAUUGCUUGGCAGUGGAAGCUAUGGUUCUGUAUACCACGGGACUCUCUCAGAUGGGAUAACAUUUGCGGUAAAGGUCUUCAAGUUAGAGUUAGAAGGAGCUUUUAAGAGCUUCGAUGUCGAAUGUGAAGUUCUCCGCAAUAUUCGUCACCGGAAUUUAAUCAAAGUCAUUAGUAGCUGCUCUAAUGAUUCUGAUUUCAAAGCCUUAGUGCUUGAGUUCAUCCCUAAUGGGAGUCUUGAUAAAUGGUUGUAUUCCAAUAACCAUUUUCUGGAUAUCCUACAAAGGUUAAACAUAAUGAUAGAUAUUGCAUCCGCUCUGGAGUAUCUCCACCACGGUAAUGAAACACCCAUCGUUCACUGCGAUUUGAAACCCAGCAAUGUUCUAUUAGAUGAAGAUAUGGUUGCACAUUUGAGUGAUUUCGGAAUUGCAAAACUCUUAUGCAACGAGGACUCGAUGAUCCAAACCAUGACGAUGGCAACGGUCGGGUACAUGGCACCAGGUGAUAUUAUUUCUAACGCUACUGUAUUUAUUGAACUUGUUAUUCACUAUCAUGAUCAUUCAUUAUCCAUGAUGUUCUUAUAAAUCCAUACAUAGAGUAUGGAAUAGAUGGAAUCGUUUCGACAAAAGGCGACGUGUAUAGUUUUGGUAUUCUUUUGAUGGAAACCG